AUGUAUCAAAUUUUAUUAAUUUGUGUCGCGUUUGUGAGUGAAUUAGUUUCUGUUUUUGGUUCAACGGCUUUAGAAGGUUCACCAGCGGGAUAUUUGCCAGAUUGUCCAGGAACAGAAACACCAAGAUCGAUAUCACCAGAAGCGCUAAAAUAUCUCACAAUCUCAGUCCAAAGCAGCAGCAGCAUAUUCUCUUGGAAGAAGCAAUACAACUAUUACCAAGUUUUAGAUAUGGCCAAAGACCCUAAUAUCGACUAUAGUAAGCCCACUGUCAUGUAUGUGGGGGGGUUCAUGGACCACCCGAGCUAUCCCUUUGCUUUGACUUUAGGGGUCGCUUAUAAGAAGUUGGGAUAUAAUGUCUUUCUAUUGAAUACGAAUAAGUUUACGACUGUUUCUUAUCCUCAGGCAGCAAACAACAUGCGUACCAUCGGGAAACACGUCGGAGAAAUGUUGGUCACAUUAACCAAACAUGGCUUAAACCCUACAAAACUGGAGCUUGUAGGUCUCAGUCUAGGCGGACACACAAUAAGCUUCAUAGCAAAGAACUACAGGCUUCUAACGGGAAUGAACAUAUCCAGACUAACUGGCUUAGACCCCUCUGGUCCUUGCUUCCGAAACUUAGGACCGAAGGACCGGCUAGAUAAAUCGGAUGCGGAUUUCGUGGACACUGUCAAUACGAACAUUGAUGGCUACGGAAUGGCGGCCCCCGUCGGCCAUGUUAAUUUUUACGUCAACGGUGGGGAAUAUCAACCUGGGGACCUAUUUUGGGCCCCCUGCAAUGUCAUCUGCAGUCACAUUAGGGCUUUUAGCCUUUGGAUAGCUGCUCUACAAAAUCCUAACAGUUUUAUUGCGAUGCAAUGUGAUUUAGUACAAGAAGCAAGGAAUAAAGAAUGCUACGGUAAACAUCCCUUAAUAACGAAUAUUCUAGGUUUGAAUACUAAUAAGAGCGUUGAAGGUAUUUUUUAUUUGGCGACACACAAUAAUUAUCCGUACUUUAUGGGCGUGAAAGGACUGGACAAAGAAUUUGAAUUUUUUGACUCGAAACUGAACUUAAAUAAAAGUAACAGUAUAUCAUUUAUGUGACAGGAAGAAAUUAGCUUUACAAAUAAAACGUUUUUAUGUAAAUAAAAGAACUUUAUUUCUGGG